AUGACUGCCAUGACUUCGGUGCUGCGGGCGAACGCCUCGAGCUUUCUACGCGCCUUUUGCUGGUUGAAUUUGCCAGAUUACGUCACUUUUGAGUAUGAUCUACCCUCGGAGUGCCUGGAGGAUCCAGACUUGCGCGAGAUCAUGGCAUUGACCAAGUCUGCCAGAGCGGGUCGGAUUGACCCCUCGCGUGUUUCGAUGAAGCCUCCGGUGUUGUUGCAAGCAGCGCGUCCUCGCAUCUUCGCCGGGAUCCCGUCCGCCGCGCUCUACGGCGAGCGCCGCAUGCGCUGGCGCAAGCAGUGGAAGUGUGGCGACAAGCUGAACGCCUGGGGAAUCCCCUACAAGUUCAUCGUGGGCUGGCCCGUAGACAAGAGCACGAACUUGACAGCGCAUCGACAAGGAUAUAAAGCCACAGACAGCGAAGUGCACAAAGCCGAGUUGCUCAGAAACGAAAGUUUGACCUACAAAGACUUGCAUUUUGUGAAUUUGCCGGACACCUAUUUGAGUCUCCAAUCGAAGACCUUUGCGCUGCUGGACUACGGUUACAGUUUGGGUGCGGAAUAUGUCAUGAAGAUGGAUGACGAUACCUGCAUCAAGCCGCACAAGCUAGUGGAAUACCUCGAUGCCUACGAAGCGAAGAAAAGGCAGGGUCCGAAGGCGCUUUAUGCCGGGUACUAUCAGUUUAACGGCUCUGAGUACAAGAAAAUGCGAGGAAGAGACGGAGCGAUCCAUCCCUACUUUGCGGGACCUUUCUACGUGCUCUCAAAGGACUUGAUCCGAAAGAUCGUCCAAGAUGAUGAGAUGAACAGCGUCCUCUGGGCCCGUUACGGCUCCACCGACGAAGACGCCCAGACGGGGCGAUGGGUGGCCUUUGCUGCGCCCUGGCGAAAGCUGGGAUCAUCUAUGUUGAUGAUGGUGAACACCAUCUAUAGUUAUAAUCUCAUAGCGAUGUUAAAUAACAUCUAUAAAUAG